GAAGGGGAUAUGGAGAGGAGGUGCUAAGUCAGGACUUGCAGACAGAAGGGAUGGGACAGAGGAGGCGGGAUAGGCAGGGGUGGGCGUUGCUCCUGACCCUCUCCCCCAUCACCUUCCUUUUGCCACCAAUAGAAGCCCCUUUUUCUGUGCCCAUGGCUUCCAGCUGGACACUCCCCUCAGAGGAGUCCCUGAUGAAAUUUCAUCUCCAACCUGCCUCCCCGCCCUGCGUCCAUUCCCUUAGUCCUAAAGAAUGGCCACCCUUUGUGCCCUGCAGACUGAGUGGGCUGACUCCCCAUCAUGCCAGGCUGGCUCAAUCUCCCCACACUCUGCCACUUGCUUCUCCCUUGGGCCUUCACCAUCUUCCACAAAGCCCUGGGGGACCUAGCACCCUACCGGGGCCCCCACUACCUCCUGCCCCCCAUCCACGAGGUCAUUCACUCUCGUCGUGGGGCCACGACCACGCUGCCCUGCGUCCUGGGUACCCCGCCGCCCAGCUUCAAGGUACGCUGGAGCAAAGUGGAACCAGGGGAGCUCCGGGAAACGCCGAUCCUCAUCACCAACGGACUGCACGCCCGGGGCUACGGGGCCCUGGGGGGGCGAGCCAGGAUGCGGAAGGGCCAUCGGUUAGACGCCUCCCUGGUCAUUGCGGGCGUCCGCCUGGAGGACGAGGGCCGGUACCGCUGUGAGCUUAUCAACGGCUUGGAGGACGAGAGCGUGGCGCUGACGCUGCGCCUGGAGGGUGUGGUGUUUCCGUACCAGCCCAGCCGCGGCCGGUACCAGUUCAAUUACUACGAGGCGAAGCAGGCGUGCGAGGAGCAGGACGGACGCCUGGCCACCUACGCCCAGCUGUACGAGGCGUGGACCGAGGGACUGGACUGGUGUAACGCGGGCUGGCUGCUCGAGGGCUCCGUGCGCUACCCUGUACUCACCGCGCGCGCUCCGUGCGGCGGUCACGGUCGGCCUGGUAUCCGUAGCUACGGGCCCCGCGACCGGAAGCGCGACCGCUACGACGCCUUCUGCUUCACCUCGGCGCUGGCAGGCCGAGUGUUCUUCGUGCCCGGGCGGCUGACGCUAUCUGAAGCCCACGCGGCGUGCCGGCGGCGCGGGGCCAUGGUGGCCAAGGUCGGGCACCUCUACGCCGCCUGGAAGUUCUCGGGGUUGGACCAAUGCGACGGCGGCUGGCUGGCAGACGGCAGCGUGCGCUUCCCCAUCACCUCGCCGCGGCCACGCUGCGGGGGCCUCCCUGAUCCCGGAGUGCGCAGCUUCGGCUUCCCGCAGCCCCAGCAGGCGGCCUACGGGACCUACUGCUACUCGGAGUAGAGGCCCACCGCACCCCCUCCAGGGCGUGCGACGACAAAGCCUGGGAGUCGUGGCGGGGGUCUCUCGCCGCCCUUUGCCCGCGAGCCUCCCCUCCCACCAAAUAAGGAGCAGCGGCUUCUGGCCCACCUUCCCGGUGCCCAGAGGGUAGGGCUGCGGGCCGCGGAUCCCCGCUGGCCGGGCGUCGGGACUGGAGGUAGUUGGGCCCCCGAUGGCGGGGUGCGACUACUACCCUCAGACCCUCGGAUCAAGGCCCUGCGCCAGUGCCCCCAGCAGGCGACUCAGCCACUGCUAGGGGGUGGGAGGGCGCUCAGGGGGCAUUAACUGACUUCUGUAUACAGCAAUAAAAUAACUGGGGGAGUUUUUGUGUGGGGCGAAACUGGAAGCGUGACGAGGCGUGGGAGGUGAGGGGGUUGACCUCGGACCCAGUGUGCGGAACGCGCGCCUGGGAAGACAGAUGAGAGGAGGGGCCACUGCCGCGGAGGGGUGAGCCUGCAGGAGAAGGGGGUGGCGAGCAGAAGGCACCAAAAGGGCGGAGGAGAGUUGGAAGCACCGUGCGCGGCUGGGACGGGGACAGAAGCGGAGAACCCAGGGUGUUGCGCCGGGCACCACGCGGGGGCGCCACACACUCGCCUAAGCCCAAGCGCUCCAACCCGCAGGCUUAUGUACCCUGGGCACCACAGAGCAAACCUAAAAGGGGCCUAAACAUAUUUCAAAACGUGUUUGUACCCUGCCAGUCUCCCAGAAGCCUUUGCAAGACUACCGUUAAAGAAAAAAGAGGCUCGGGAGGGCUUGCUUCCUGUCUGUUCCCCACCAGGUGAGAACACAAUGAGAAGACUGCUCCCCAGACACCAGAUCUGCCGGCCUCCAGAACUGUGAGAAGCACAUGUGUGUUGUUUAAGACACCCCGUCUGUGGGAAUCACCUACAGCAGCCCGAACUAACUAAGACAACGGGUUCCCUGAGAGCAGAUGUUGAGUUGACCUUGAAUACAAGUAGUUUGUUUGGAAGGUCUUGCUCAGAGGCAGAGGGUGGAGAAAUGAGACGGGAAAGGGAAGGUGUGUAACAGCUGGUGGAGCACUGGGCUCAGUCCCGCCUGGGGAUCUAGCAGACAGUGGCCAACCCAUCUCAGAGAAUCCCACCGUGGGGCGUGGGGCAAAGGAACUGGGGUGUUACCGGUCAACUUCCUGUGAGGAGGUUGAGGGCUGCUUCUAGAAGCAUUAACCGUCUAGAGCUCCUGGCUAGGCCUGAGCGCAAACAUGCUCCCACAGCCAGAGAAAAAGCUCUCAGGGAGAGCCUUCUCCUUGUGGAGGGGACGGCUGAAGGAUAUGGGUCACAGGUACACCCACCUGUGUGGUCCUCAGACCCAUUGGGGGCCCCAUGCUAAGUUCACUUUGUCCCAUCACUGAUUCUUCACAGUGGCCACUGAUGGCCAUUUCUAAUUCUUUAGAAGUCUUAAACAACAGGAGGGCUAGUGGGACAAACUACAGUAACCAUUCCUGCAGUUGGUUCCAAGGCUGUAAUCAGUAUUCAGUACCGCCCUCCUCUGCAAUGCCUUCUGUCGGUCUCUGGGGCUUCCCAAUGGAAAAACCCACACCUUCAUCCUUGAAGCCCUCAGCCUUUCAUUGCCAUGCCCUUGACAGGCCGCCAUUGCUGCAGCUGCCUUUCCAUGAUUCCCAUUGGACGUGGGAUAAUCAAGGUCAAAUGUCUUUUGCCAGGGUAAUUUUUUUCUUUGUCUACUGGACAGUUGGCGUGAGGCACCCCAAAUGACCCACAGGAUGCUGUAGUCUUAUCUUUAGGGGUAUCCUUACGGGGACCCCUGUAGACACAUCUCCCUGCCUGGGAUGUAGGGCUUCUAAUCCAGCAGAGCCUAAAUUUAUAGGGACAGGAAGCACACAUUCCCCCAAGGGCCAUGGAGACUGAUGGUAAGGGGUAUUCCACUUCCGUACCCUGGUUCCUGACCAGUGAUUUCUAGUGGUCCAGAAUGCAGCACUGUACAAUGUCCAUUGGUUUAAAAUAUAUACUGCAUUUUAAAGGCCAGUAGCCCAAUCCCAGAGGGCGUUUCCCCAAGCUGGUGUUUAGAUGUGCUGUAAGGAGGCCGUGCCAAUGGACUGGCAGGCUGGCAGUUUCUGGGUGGUGUAUAUGGUAGGGCCAGAGGAGCCUGUGGUCAUAUGCCCACUGUCAUAUUUCCUCACUGUGACAUGUAUUCCCAUGGAUGGAGGAGAUCCUAUGUGGGAUUGCAUAAGGAUAAACCGUUUCCUUCAUGUCCUUCGAUUCUGGUGCUGUCCAAGGCACUUGGGCCGGAAGGCAAAUCCACAUCCAGAAUAUAAACCCCACUAAGGAGAUACUGCCCUGCCCUCCAGCCUGAAAGAGGUGCGUGGUGAUAGCCAUGCAGGCCAGCGGCUGGCUCGGCUCCUUGAAGCAUGGGACCACAUCGAGGGCGCAGUGUCUGUCUCUGCGCUGACAGGCCAACCAUCCAGCAGUGGCGGUAGCUAGAUCAGCCUUGGUGACAGGCGCCCUUGCUGGUCUCCAUGUCUACUGCCACAGCCGCUCCAGUCCUGGGCUCAUUGUGCCAGCCUAGCAUGGCGGAGGACAAAGGCUGGCUGUUACCCCCUGGAGUCCUUCUGUCCCCCUCGCUGUUCAGUGCCCCCUCUGCAGUGAGUGUCCACAAGACACAAUGCCCACGGCUGUGACUCCAGCCAUUCAGCUCUUCCCCAGAACUUCCUUACGUCCAGCCUUGCAGUCUUGCCCUUGUCUGGCCCCUGACCAACCAACCAAGGCAUUUGCCACUGUUCACGAGACCUUGUAUGCACUUCGCUCAGGUCCCCUCUCACUGGAAAGUGGGUGGCCCGCUGUAAGGCUCCUCCCACACACUGUUCUUCAGGGCCACCCCUGAGUGGGCUGUCAUGUGCAGCAGUCCAUGCUCGGCUGCCAUCAGUGUGUGAAAGACACCCACCCAUGAACCAGGCCUGGGCCUUUUCCUCUGCAGCUAAAUCACCGAGAAGCCCCGCAGAGCUAUAGGGUGAGCUGAGAGAGGCACGGGGGCAGCAGAAACAGGUCAUGUGGGAACCUGGGCUUCCUGCUCACCUCGCUUACUCACGGCCUCCGAAUGUGCCCACUCCCAGUCACAAAUGUGCCGUUUGGAUUGCUCUGUGCCCACCCACGUGUGCUCAUGACUUGAUGGGUCUGAAAAUUCCCAGAUCUUAAUAGAUCUGGAAAGUGAGACAGGGAAGGGAAAGAAUCCAAUACAUACCUGAGAGGUUAUGACUGCCAGCAGCUGGGGCUAUAAGCGGCUGGGAGCUCUGGGAAACUGGAGAACCUGCUUCUGUGCGUUCCCGCCUGAGGGGAGGGGCCUGUGGUUUUGGUUUACCAACUCCCCCUCUGGUUGAGUGCUGCUCCAGGGGCAUUAACCCUCGGGUCCCUCUGACUCGCCACGCAUUAGGCCGAGCAUCCUUCCUCAGGCAGAAAAGAAUCCUCGGGCAGCCGGCCGCCUUCGGCUUCUGACUGCUAAGGGGGGGGGACGUGGGCAGGGGCGCCAACCGGUUCUGCUCCAGCCUAUUGAUUUUCACAGUCGUGGCUUGGUGCCCUCUCAAUGUCCAAAGGUCACCAGUGACUUUAUCUUUUAGUAGCAUUAGGAACUCAUGGACUUUAUGUAUAUAUUUGACACGCUUCCAUCUCUUACAGUCGUUAUUCAUUUUAAUGCUGAAGUUGUUUGGCCAGUGGGAGUCUUCUCAAGCUGGCUGCUGGGUCCUUUUCACAUGAACUUGCCCUGCGUGUCAUAACUUUCUUCUUCUCAAGUAUGAAAAGCUAUCCUGCCCCAGGCCUGGAAUUUCUCCAGAAUCCUGGUUCCUUUUAAGGGAAAGUACUGUAUAGAGACUACAAUGGGGAAUACCCGUUGUUACUGCAUUGUCACCGCUUCUAAGCCGUUCCCGUAAACUGGACAUAAAGAUACGGCUGCAAAUCCUGUGUUCAUGCUACUAUGUCUCAUUCAGAUGACAGGUUAGCAGUUUUUGCUUAACUUUCCUUUCCGUACACUGAAAAUCUUCCCUAUUACCAUUACUAUCAGAAUUUAUUUGCUUUAUCACAAUAAAUAGCGCUUUCAAAACAGUACCACCAACCUGAAGAUUUCUCCGUGGGUCUUUUGCUCUUAGAAACGUAUAGUCAAAAUGCUGCGUUUUAUAAUCACUUGAAAGAAAAUUCUUCUGCGUGGCUUUGUCUCCAACUUCACAUGCAGUGAAGCGCAUUUGUUCACGUUUGUUUUAGGUUUUUAGGGAAUGAAGCACUUUUCUUCUUUUUAAUUUAAAAUUCAUUUAGUUCUUUCCAAUUUAAUUUUGUGUUUCCUCUAAAACAUCCGCAUGGCUCCAACGUCAAAUCCGUAGACCACAUUAGGACACAGGCUCACAGGGGUCAGUAGCUGGUCUAGCGUCACAGAAAAGUGAGCGAGUGUCGACCCCAUCAGGAGGAGGGACGAGGCUGCAGGGAGCCUGAGGGGACGGACUUCUGUUUUCAAGACAUCGGUUUGGUUGUACUCAGCACCUUCCAGUACCUUCAGCUGUUCUUUGUGUAACAGACUGGUGGUCUCCUUGGACCACAAGAGUUUGCACCCCUCGAUGCAGGGGUCUGUCAGCUUGGGGACCGCUGGCUCCUGUUUGUGUAACAGGGGUUCUCCUACAUGUGCUCAGCCUG